AUGACAGACCGCGCACAAAAGAGGAAACAAGGGCCAAAUGGCGCAGACGGGGCAGGCUCUGCGCAAAAGAAAAGCAAGGGCGGCAACGCUGGACGGUGGAAGACCCCGCACCAUAAGGCCAAAAUGGCCGAGAGGGUGGACAUGGGCAGCGCCCUGGACGUUGGAGAUCAAGGCAUCUGGGUCACGUUUGUCCGGGGAAUGAAGACCAAGGCUGUGCGCGAGUUCCAGGAACUAUGUGACGAGUACGGAGAGGGCCUGUACAACAUCAAGCAGCCAGGCACAGAUGAUGCGUCCACGAGCGACAACGCUGGCGAGGGACAAGGGAUCGAAGCCUCCAUCGAGGAUGAACUGAGCAGCAUGAGGGAGCAGCGGAAGCCGAAGCCGGAACGGACAUUUGCGCCCAUCUCGACCGGCCUUGAAUGUCUCUUCUUCAUGAAGACAAGGAAGCCGGUGCAGCCAGAGGACCUGGCUCGCAAGAUCUGCGAGGAUGCGAGGGACUGUCCAGACCCGAGGCAACGGAAGUGCAGGUACAUCAACCGCCUGACGCCUGUCUUUGACACCGACAAGGCAACCGAGAACGGCAUCGUUCGACUGGCUCGGAAAGUACUGGCUCCGUCGUUCUCCUUGAAGGGCGAAUCCGAGGCGGACGCGGGAGCGACUGGUGAGCCGCGGGAUGCCGACUCAUCCCCGGCAUGCACGUUUGCAAUCCGGCACAACAUCCGGAACCACACCGCCCUCAAGUCAGACGAAGUCAAGAAGAUGAUUGCAAGUGUCGUUGGUGCAGAGCACAAGGUCAACCUCAGUAAUCCGGACAAGGUAAUAUUGGUGGAAAUAUUCCAGCUGUUUUGCGGCAUCUCCGUCGUGGACGGGAGGGAGUGGGAGGCUCUGAAGAGGUACAACGUCAACUCGCUUUACGUUAUGCCACGGGCUGGGGAGACGGACAAGGCUGGCGGAUCAGCGCAAGAGCAAGACAGUGCAGGAAAAGAAAGGAGAGAGAAGGGGGACAAGAAGCUCUGCGCUGAGAGUGCUGCCUCAUGA